CGCGCUAUGCAAAUUCGGAGGGGGUGUGAGACGUCCUUUUGCCCCACCCUUAUUGGGCCGGGCAGCCGAUCGAUCACUGGGAGGGCGAAAAAUAUCGCCAGCUGCUGGACGGGAGCAUAGGCGGUGCUGAACAAAUGGAAUAUCGACUUGACCCAACAUAGGGAGUCCCUCUUCUCUGUUCGAUCGAACGGCCCGGACAGAUGCCCAAAUUGCUGUUCAGAAGCUCUUGACCUGAUGUUCAUGCACUUCUGUGGGUAAUAUUAAAGUCUAGACCAAAACUUGCAGAGACGCCACAGUGGAAGUCACUAUGCGAUGGGUACAACCAGGAUUGUUUCUUUUCUGUCCUAGCCACUCAGCAUUCUUCCUGAAAGCAUCUCGCUUUCUGAGGCACAGAUUGAGAGCACGAUGUUUUGUUACUACAUGAUAUUUGUUGUUGGAACAGUGCUUGUGUGCCAAGAAAUACUCGCAAGUCGUAGCUGCUCAGUGGAAAACACGAUAGCUUUCUACAAUUUCUGCAAUCUCACGUGGGUGCCACCUGUGCCUGAAGAUGUUGUUAUUCUAUUCCUAAACUUCAAUUUCAUCCAAGAAGUUAAUGCAACCUCUUUCCCUCUGAGGGAAAAACUGAAGAUUUUAUUCCUUGGGACACAAAAACGCUUUCCCUUAACCAUAGGAAAAGAUGCUUUUAGGAACUUGCCAAACUUACAACAAUUGGAUUUGGGUGGCAACAAAGUGAUAGUGUUAGACCCUGAUGCUUUUGUGGGCUUGUCUAGAGUACGUAUUCUUCAACUGUAUCAAAAUAAUCUUGAUAGAUCCAUUCUGGAAGAGGAUUACCUCAGAGAUUUGAUUUCAUUGGAAUAUCUGGACCUCAGAUAUAAUAAAAUCACUCAUGUUCGCCCUCACAGUGUAUUUUAUAACAUGAAAUCCUUGGACAUUCUAGACUUGAAAUUAAACCCUAUUGCAUCUAUCUGUGAAGGGGAUCUUAAUAGUUUCCAAGGAGCAAGGUUCAAAAUCUUUAAUCUUCGUAGUACUAAUCUGUAUAAAGGAUACGUGAAUUGGGCAACUUGUGGGAAUCCUUUAAAAAAUGUUAACAUAGAAACACUGGAUGUUGGGGGUAAUGGCUGGGGUACAACUCUAACACAGAGAUUCUGUGCAGCUAUUAGAGGGUCCCCAUUGUUGGGUUUGAAUAUUUCCUCUCAUGGUUUGGGUGCAUCAUUUGGAUUUAAUAAUUUUCCCGAUCCUGAUAAUAAUACAUUUGCAGGUCUUAAUGACAGUGGCCUCAUCCUUCUUGAUAUAUCAAACGGCUGGAUUUUGUCUCUUCAACCGCGAAUAUUUCAAUAUUUCCAUGAUUUGCAGCUGCUGAAUCUAAAUAAUAAUAAAAUAAAUAAAAUUUGGAACGGAGCGUUUCUUGGUCUUCAGAAUCUGCAGCAUCUAUACCUAUCAAACAAUCUGCUUGGUGAGCUCUUUAAGGACACUUUUGAAGGUCUUCCUAAUGUGAUUCAGAUAGAUCUAAAACGUAAUCACAUUGGAGUGAUUGAUAGAGAUCCAUUCAAAUCCUUACCAAAGCUUCAACAUGUGGAUCUCAGGGAUAACGCUUUAAAAACAAUAGAUUCUCUCCCAAAUCUCAUCAAUGUUAUGUUAGGUGACAACCGGAUACAGACUACAUCUUAUUGGAAAAUACAAUUUAUAAAUGCCACAAUUCUUGACUUGAAAGGAAACAGAUUGGGAAAUCUGGGUGAUCUUUAUGAACUUCUCCAAUUUCCAGGCCCGAAAUAUCUUGCUUUAAGAAAUAAUCGUUUAUCCUAUUGCUUCAAAUAUAAAGACAUAGCAAAAGACAAUCAGUUGAUUUACUUGGACCUUGGAGACAACAUGCUAAAGCUUAUAUGGGAGAGAGGUUUAUGCUUGGAUGUGUUCAAAGCACUUUCCCACCUGGAAAUUCUCUAUCUCAAUAACAACUACCUUACUUUCAUCCCAGAGGGUAUAUUUAGUGAGCUAAUGUCACUCAAGACACUAGACUUGUCUAACAACCUAUUGACUUCCAUUUCUCAAGAUGCCUUUCCUACAAACCUGAAAUUUCUUAAUUUGUCAUCAAAUCAGCUAUUUUACCCUGAUCCUCAGCUCUUUGCAACAUUAGACCAGCUGGAUAUCACCCAUAACACAUUUUACUGUAAUUGCCUAUUAAGCAACUUUAUUAUGUGGCUAAACCAAACCAAUGUUACUUUAGAUGGCUCACGCAACGACAUAUUUUGUUCUGGACCACCUGAGUUCGCUGACGUUCCUCUCCAUGUCUUAGAUACAGAGAACUGCAAUGAACACAAGCUCAUGGAGCCUCUACAGCUGUCACUCUUCAUUUUGACCUGUGUUAGCAUAACUGUGUUUCUAGUAGCAGUAGUUGUUUUUACUCGUUUUAGAGGAGUUUGUUUCCGCUGGUAUAAAACACUGACACAAUUCCUCAUGAAGGAGCUCCCACCAGAAGUGGAUCAACAAGGAUACAAGUAUGAUGCUUACCUUUGCUAUAGCAGUAAAGACUUUGAGUGGGUCCAAAGUUCCUUGAUAACGCAUCUAGAUUCUCAGUUUUCUAAGAAGAACAGGUUUGCACUCUGCUUUGAAGACAGAGACUUCCUGCCUGGGGAGGAUCAUAUCAGUAAUAUUCAUGAUGCUGUCUGGAACUGCAGGAAAACAAUUUGCGUGGUCACAAGACAGUUUCUCAAGGAUGGCUGGUGUGUGGAAGCCUUUAAUUUUGCCCAGAGCAGGUACUUCUCUGAUCUGGAGGAUAUUCUUAUAAUGGUGGUAGCCGGAUCUCUUUCUCAAUAUCAGCUUAUGAAAUAUCAACCAAUCAGGGCCUUUUUACAAAGGGGGCAGUAUUUGAGAUGGCCAGAAGACCAUCAAGAUUUGGAGUGGUUUUUAAGCACACUGUCUCACCAAAUAAUGAAGGAAAAGAAAAUUAAGAAGUCCCCUGAGUUAGAAUUGAAGGUUGUAACGGUUUCCUAAGAGGCGUGGUUCCUGGCCACCAUGCAAUGUCAUAAGAAGGCUGACUUUCCAGAUAAUGUAUCAAUUCAUUCUGAUAUCAUAGUGAGCCAUUCUUUCUGCCCAAUGAGCUAGGUGGAUCUGGUAUUGAUGCUUCUGGCAAAACUUGACUUUAUUUUUUUCACUGUAAAGUGUCAGUUUACUUAUUAUAGCGUUAAAGCCAAGUUGUGGAAGCCAUACAGGUAGUCCUCAAUUUACAGUCACAAUUGACCCCAACAUUUAUGUUGUUAUGUGGGAAAUUUGUUAAGUGAGUUUUGCCCCAUUUUAUGACUUUUCUUGCCAAUUUGUUAAGUGAAUC